AAGCGGGCUGGGUGGCGGGGGGCGCCGAGUUUGACUAGUUUGGGGGCCGCCCGGCGCCUGGCGCUGCUCCCGCGGCCCGCCGCGCCCCGCGAGCCGCGCGUCGGCCGGCCCGUAGCGGCGGGGAGCCGCACCGGCGGCGGGGCGGCGCUCGGCGCAAGUUGGUCCCCCGCGGGCGGGCGGCCGGGCGGGCGGCCAUGGAGCCCCGCGGCAUGGAGUACUUCAGCGCCCAGGUGCAGCAGAAGGACGUCGGCGGCCGCCUGCAGGUCGGCCAGGAGCUGCUGCUCCAUCUGGGCGCCCCCGGCGCCAUCCCGGACCUGGAGGAGGACCUGGGCCGCCUGGGCAAGACGAUCGACGCGCUCACCGGCUGGGUGGGCUCGAGCAACUACCGGGUAUCAUUAAUGGGAUUGGAAAUUUUAAGUGCCUUUGUGGACAGAUUAUCAACACGAUUUAAGUCCUAUGUAGUAAUGGUUAUUGUAGCUUUAAUAGACAGAAUGGGAGAUGCCAAAGACAAGGUUCGAGACGAAGCUCAGACUCUGAUAUUGAAGCUGAUGGAUCAAGUAGCAGCACCUAUGUACAUUUGGGAACAGUUGACUUCUGGUUUUAAGCACAAGAAUUUUCGAUCUCGAGAAGGCGUGUGUCUAUGUCUUAUUGAAACCUUGAACGUUUUUGGGGCUCGGCCGCUAGUCCUCAGCAAGUUGGUACCACAUUUGUGUAUCUUAUUUGGAGAUUCCAACAGUCAGGUGAGAGAUGCGGCAGUGUUGGCUGUGGUGGAGAUCUAUAGACAUGUGGGAGAGAGAGUGAGGGUGGACCUCUGUAAGAGGGGGAUUCCCCCUGCUAGAUUAGAGAUGAUUUUUGCCAAAUUUGAUGAAGUGCAAAAUUCAGGCGGUAUGAUUUUGAGUGUCUGCAAAGAUAAAAGCUUUGAUGAUGAGGAAUCGGUGGAUGGAAAUAGGCCAUCAUCAGCUGCUUCAGCCUUCAAGGUUCCUGCACCUAAAACAUCCGGAAAUCCUGUCAACAGUGCGAGGAAGCCUGGUUCAGCAGGUGGCCCUAAGGUUGGAGCAGGUGCUUCUAAGGAAGGGGGUGCUGGAGCAGUGGAUGAAGAUGAUUUUAUAAAAGCUUUCACCGAUGUCCCUUCUGUUCAGAUCUAUUCUAGUCGAGAACUUGAAGAAACAUUAAAUAAAAUCAGGGAAAUAUUGUCAGAUGACAAACAUGACUGGGAUCAGCGUGCCAAUGCACUUAAGAAAAUUCGAUCAUUGCUUGUUGCUGGAGCUGCACAAUAUGACUGCUUCUUCCAACAUUUACGCUUGUUGGAUGGAGCGCUUAAACUUUCAGCAAAGGAUCUUAGAUCCCAAGUGGUUAGAGAAGCUUGCAUUACUGUAGCACAUCUUUCAACAGUUUUGGGAAACAAGUUCGAUCAUGGCGCUGAAGCCAUUGUACCUACGCUUUUUAAUCUCGUCCCCAAUAGUGCAAAAGUCAUGGCAACUUCUGGAUGUGCGGCUAUCAGGUUCAUCAUUCGGCAUACUCAUGUACCCAGACUUAUACCUUUAAUCACAAGCAAUUGCACAUCAAAAUCAGUUCCUGUAAGGAGGCGCUCAUUUGAAUUUUUAGAUUUAUUGUUACAAGAGUGGCAGACUCAUUCACUGGAAAGACAUGCAGCUGUCUUGGUUGAAACUAUUAAGAAGGGGAUUCAUGAUGCUGAUGCUGAAGCCAGAGUGGAGGCAAGAAAGACAUACAUGGGUCUUAGAAACCACUUUCCUGGUGAAGCCGAAACGUUGUAUAAUUCACUUGAGCCAUCUUAUCAGAAGAGUCUUCAGACUUACUUAAAGAGUUCUGGCAGUGUAGCAUCUCUUCCACAAUCAGACAGGUCCUCAUCUAGCUCACAGGAAAGUCUCAAUCGCCCUUUUUCUUCCAAAUGGUCUACAGCAAACCCAUCGACUGUGGCUGGAAGAGUGUCGGCAGGCAGCAGCAAAGCCAGUUGCCUUCCCGGAAGCCUGCAGCGUUCACGAAGCGACAUCGACGUGAAUGCUGCUGCUGGUGCCAAGGCUCACCAUGCUGCCGGGCAGUCUGCGCGAAGCGGGCGGUUGGGUGCAGGGGCCCUGAAUCCGGGUUCCUACGCGUCACUAGAGGAUACUUCUGACAAGAUGGACGGAGCAACAUCUGAAGAUGGCCGGGUGAGAGCAAAGCUUUCAGCAGCGCCCCUCGCGGGCAUGGGAAAUGCCAAGACAGAUUCUCGAGGAAGAAGUCGAACCAAAAUGGUGUCUCAGUCUCAGCGUUCGUCAUCACCUGACAAAAAUGAAGGAUCACAAUCUGCUAAUACCAUUGGUGCUGGCAGCCGGUCCGGGUCUCCAGGAAGAGUUCUGAGCACAACAGCCCUCUCCACUGUGAGCUCUGGUGUUCAGAGAGUCUUGGUCAAUUCCGCCUCGGCGCCAAAGAGAAGCAAGAUCCCACGGAGCCAGGGGUGUAGCAGAGAGGCUAGUCCGUCUAGGCUGUCCGUGGCCCGAAGCAGUCGUAUUCCUCGACCAAGUGUGAGUCAAGGGUGCAGCCGGGAAGCCAGUCGGGAGAGCAGCCGGGACACAAGUCCUGUUCGUUCUUUUCAGCCCCUCGCCUCCAGACACCAUUCCAGAUCUACUGGUGCCCUCUACGCCCCCGAUGUGUAUGGGGCCUCAGGUCCAGGGUAUGGGAUGAGCCAAUCGAGCCGACUGUCGUCUUCUGUCAGUGCCAUGCGAGUCCUGAACACAGGCUCUGACGUGGAGGAGGCCGUAGCAGAUGCCUUGCUCUUAGGAGACAUACGGACUAAGAAAAAGCCUGCUCGAAGAAGAUACGAAUCCUACGGAAUGCAUUCAGAUGAUGACGCCAACAGCGAUGCAUCGAGUGCUUGUUCAGAACGCUCCUAUAGCUCUCGAAAUGGCAGUAUUCCUACCUACAUGAGGCAGACGGAAGAUGUGGCCGAGGUCCUCAAUAGAUGUGCCAGUUCCAACUGGUCAGAAAGGAAAGAAGGCCUCCUGGGGCUACAAAACUUGCUAAAAAAUCAGAGAACGCUAAGUCGAGUUGAACUGAAAAGAUUAUGUGAAAUUUUCACAAGAAUGUUUGCUGAUCCUCACGGCAAGGUAUUCAGCAUGUUCUUGGAGACUCUAGUGGAUUUCAUACAAGUCCACAAAGAUGAUCUUCAAGAUUGGUUGUUUGUACUGCUGACUCAACUCUUAAAAAAAAUGGGUGCUGAUUUGCUGGGGUCUGUUCAGGCAAAAGUUCAGAAAGCCCUUGAUGUUACAAGAGAAUCUUUUCCAAAUGAUCUUCAAUUCAAUAUUCUAAUGAGAUUUACAGUUGAUCAGACCCAAACACCAAGCUUGAAGACACUCAAGCCAGCGCUUCGGGACCAGCUUCACUCUUUUUGGAGCUCCAAGGUGAAGGUUGCUAUCCUUAAAUACAUAGAAACUCUGGCCAAGCAGAUGGAUCCAGGAGAUUUUAUAAAUUCCAGUGAAACUCGCCUGGCAGUGUCUCGGGUCAUCACUUGGACAACAGAACCCAAAAGUUCUGAUGUUCGGAAGGCAGCACAGUCCGUGCUGAUUUCCCUAUUUGAACUCAAUACUCCAGAGUUUACAAUGUUAUUAGGAGCUUUACCAAAAACUUUUCAGGAUGGUGCUACCAAGCUUCUUCAUAAUCACCUUCGAAACACUGGCAAUGGAACCCAGGGUCCCAUGGGGAGUCCUUUGACAAGGCCAACAGCACGUUCACCAGCCAACUGGUCCAGUCCUCUUACUUCUCCUACCAACACAUCACAGAAUACUUUAUCUCCAAGUGCAUUUGAUUAUGACACAGAAAAUAUGAACUCUGAAGAUAUUUAUAGCUCUCUUAGAGGUGUCACUGAAGCAAUUCAGAAUUUCAGCUUCCGUAGUCAAGAAGAUAUGAAUGAGCCGUUGAAAAGAGAUUCUAAAAAAGAUGAUGGUGAUUCUAUGUGUGGCGGUCCCGGGAUGCCUGACCCAAGGGCAGGAGGCGAUGCUACCGACUCAAGCCAAACCUCCCUUGAUAAUAAAGCUUCGUUGCUCCAGUCGAUGCCUGCUCAUUCCUCCCCACGCUCGCGAGACUAUAAUCCAUAUAACUAUUCAGAUAACAUCAGUCCCUUCAAUAAGUCUGCCCUCAAGGAAGCCAUGUUUGACGACGACGCCGACCAGUUUCCUGACGAUCUCUCCCUAGACCAUUCUGACCUGGUUGCAGAGUUGUUGAAGGAGUUGUCUAACCAUAAUGAACGUGUAGAGGAAAGAAAAAUUGCCCUCUAUGAACUCAUGAAACUGACACAGGAGGAAUCUUUCAGCGUUUGGGAUGAACACUUCAAAACAAUAUUACUUCUGUUGCUUGAAACCCUUGGGGAUAAAGAGCCUACAAUCAGGGCUUUGGCGUUAAAGGUUUUAAGAGAAAUCCUAAGGCAUCAACCAGCCAGAUUUAAAAACUAUGCAGAACUGACGGUCAUGAAAACGUUGGAAGCACAUAAAGACCCUCAUAAGGAGGUGGUGAGAUCUGCUGAGGAAGCAGCAUCGGUGCUGGCCACUUCUAUCAGCCCCGAGCAGUGCAUCAAAGUGCUUUGCCCCAUCAUCCAGACCGCAGAUUACCCAAUCAAUCUGGCUGCAAUCAAGAUGCAAACGAAAGUGAUAGAGCGGGUGUCCAAGGACACCCUUAAUCUGCUUUUGCCAGAGAUUAUGCCAGGCUUGAUACAGGGUUACGAUAACUCGGAGAGCAGUGUUCGGAAAGCUUGUGUCUUCUGCCUGGUGGCCGUUCACGCGGUAAUUGGUGACGAACUAAAACCACAUCUCAGUCAGCUCACGGGCAGCAAGAUGAAGCUCCUGAAUCUGUACAUCAAACGCGCACAGACAGGUUCUGGAGGAGCUGACCCCGCUGCUGAUGUUUCCGGACAGAGUUAGUGACGCAGACCGAAGCGGGCCAGGCCGCCCCGACCCGGGACGGGCAGACCACCCCUCAUCAGUGAAAGGA